AUGGAUCAAGGUACUCUUACCACACCAUCAUGGCUGACUAUCGCUGUUUUUCUUCUGUUACCAUUUUCUUUGACCUACACAGCGACGCUCUGCUUGUCGGCACUUGGUAUCAGAGGCACAGCAAUCAGCGAAGACCCUCCCCCUGUCCCGUACUGCACUCCAUUCGUGGGAAAUGCUUUGGCUUUGGCUUUCGACACUCUUGGGUUCUUGAGUUCUGUUGUGAAAGACUUUGGAAAUGUGCCAGUCCGCCUUGCUCUGGGUUCCGAAAAGAUAUACUUUAUUUCGGGAACUGAAAACUUACAAACGAUCUUUGGUAAAUCCCGAGACCUCUCCACCAAAGCUUUGGCUCUCGUUGCUCUCGUCUCCGCUCAUGGCAUGCCGCCUGCGGACGCAAAAGUCUACGAGGCUGACAACUCUGGCAUUCAUUUGAAGCCACUUCCCAGAUCAAGUACGCCUCCCGAGAAGAGAUUGCGGUUCAUAUCACACCAUCAUUUCCAGAGCGAGCUUUUAGGAGAAGCAGGGCUGGGUGAGUUGUCCCGACAAUUCAUUCGACAAUUUGCCACCCGCAUCUCUGAGAGGUCCCAGGAAAUCGGGGAUCAAUGGAGUCACUUGCCCGAUUUGUACGACUUCGUGAAGUCCGAGACCUUCGUAGCAACCACAAUUGCGCUCUGCGGCGAGCACAUCUUCAAAAUCAAUCCCAACCUGGCGGAAGAUUUUUGGAGUCACGAUUCUUGGCUGCCCUGUAUCCUGAGGAAGGUGCCACGAUGGGUCGUUCCAAGAGCCUUCGCGUCUCGAGACAAGAACCAUGAGAAUAUUAUGAAAUGGCAUAAGCUUGCGCGGGAACUCGUUGACUGCUCUGACGAAAAGUUGAAGGAUGUAUUGUGGGAGCCUGUCUGGGGAGCGAGGAUCAUGAGAAAGAGAGCUGAAAUGUACAAACACGUUGAAGAGAUUUCCCCAGCUGGCCGUGCAGCCUCUGACUUGGGAAUGAUAUGGGCGGCAAAUGCGAAUAUCAUCCCCUCAGCGGGUUGGUGUUUCAUCCAUAUAAUCGCGGAUCCCACUCUCACUGCUCGUAUCCUUGAAGAAAUUUCGCCUUGCUUCUCAUCGCACUUACCGGAGUCUGUGGACUUGGACAAGCUUAGUGGUUGUCCUCUUCUGCAAUCCGUCGUUGCUGAGGUGCUUCGAUUGAACGUAGCUGUCAUGAUUAAUAGAACCUCCAUCGUCCCAAACUUCAAGCUUGGUAAAUGGACGGUCCAGCCGGAUAAAAUUAUUCUUGCCAGCAUCUAUUUCAGCCAUAGGGACAAAGGAUGUUGGAAUACUGGACGAAAACUCGACAAUGGACAGCAAGAACAUCCACUCGACAAGUUCUGGGGCGAGAGAUUCCUUGAGUACCCCAAUGACCCAUACAGUGGUCCUUCGAAGAAGAACGGCAUGGCCACUUUCUCGGAAAAGCUUUCCAAUAAAAGUAUCGUUCGAAACGACAAAGAGGCCAAUUUCACGACUAGGGGCUUGAAAGGCGUCUAUAUUCCUUGGGGGGGAGGAGCAAAUAUGUGUCCUGGGCGGUAUUAUGCUAAGUACGAGAUGUGCCUUGUCGUUGCCAUGUUAAUUUGGGCUUUCGAGAUCGAGUUUCUGGACAUUGAAGCUGCGAGGAAGACGAAGCCAAAUACGGCGGCAUUCGCGAUUGGAACUUUGGCGCCGGCCGGGAAGAAUCCUAUUCGUCUUCGGAGACGGAAGUUUUGA